CAUGAGCUUAAUAUGACGGAGAUUCAAGUUGGGGAUAUCGCGAACGUAUAUCCAACGGACUUUGAAAACGCCCUUCCACUUGUCAGAUGCCCAGACAGUACUGCUUCGCGUGUAGUCUACAGCCGUGAGCAUUUCUGCCAUACCGCAGAAGUGGCCACUGUGCGAGGUCAACAUCUGACCGUGACUACACCUAACAUUACACACCUCGCGUUCACGCUGAAGAAAAGGUAGAUUGGGCCUCGUCCGUUACACUCCUUGAAUGCCUUGUCCAACCGCUUGUUGCCAGGCUCCGUCGAACUCCAAAUCUCGUACUUAAGAGACUUGUGCACAUCGUCUUCCGUGUAAGAUUUGAUCACGAAAUACCGGGCGUACUGUGGCCUAAGUUCGAACGUCGCUGGGUUGUAGCCUUUCGCCGCGAUAAGGCUAGGCACGUCGACAGGGGAGCCGCCAAAGUUUUGCUGCGUUGGCCGAGGUGGUUGCAUGUACUGUGCGGGGAUGGGCGGCACCGGUUGGUCUUUACUGGAUUGCUGUUGCUGAUAGCUGUAUCGGAGGUUCGGAUUGGACGUGCGCAAGCGCAACGACGGGUCCUUCUGCUGGUCCCAGGCACCACUGUACGGCUGAUACGGAGGUCCUGGCUGCUGCUGUUGCUGCUGCUGCUGCCCAAUCGGUGUCUUGCGGCCGUCGAAUUCUCCCAUCUUACGGCCCCCAUUGCCGUUCCCGGUAUUUCCGUUCCCAUUCCCGCCCCCGGCACUUCGCAUGCCCGGCGCCUGAGCUGGAGGCGGGUGUGCUGGGUUGAAUCGAGGAGGAUGGGUGCUCUGGCCGCCAACGUAUGCGUUCCCGUUGCCCGCGUACCCAGCCCCAAUUUCCAAUGCAGACAGAGCCCGUUGGACAUCAUCGACGUUGGCUGGUGCGAAACCGUUGCUCGGGGCGCGCCAGUCACCGGCAUUCGUUGACCAGGGCGAGAGACGGUUGACGGGACUGGCGGGACCAGCUUGUUUGGGAUAAUAUUCAGACUCGUCGAAGUCGCCUGGAUCAUCUUGAUAAACAAAUUCCUCCUGCUCUUGUUCGAGAGCUUCUGUCGCAUUGGCAGGUGGAGGAUGGGGAGGCAGGGGGGUCUGCAACGUUCCAGACCGACGGAGGCCUGUCACAGGUAUCUUCUGUGCUUGGCGAGCAGCCGCGCCGUAUGUAAGAGACUGGUGACGGCGGACACCGGCACCAGCAGCCGGUGGGGAAGGGCCGUCAUGCGGGGAAAGAGGAGAGGUGGGAUCCAAUUCUUCUCCUGUGACAUGACUCUGCCGCACACGAGUUCAAAUGAUGCUGGGACUUGAAGGGGCUUGCAGACUCACAUCUUCCACUGCAUAGGGGAUAUCGCCCUCCCAAUCGUCUUCAUCGCCUUCAUGCCCGGCGAUGGCACUCAAACUGUUCUUGGCCGUCAAACUUCCGGACCUCGAGAGCGCAGAAACCUGAGGUUGGAAGGCUGAAAAUAGAUGGGAGCUCACAGAAAAAUAGGAAGUGCAAUGAGCUACCUCGGUGGUAUCUUGUCGGGAGAGAAGCCUGCCGGUGGAGUCCCGAUUUUUCGCCCACAGCACCCACGCCGCCUACCCAGUCCUCUCCGACAGCCUCAUCGUCAUCGUUCCAGUGCUGCUCUUGAGCAGCUUCUUCCGAUAUGGCGCUGUUGCGUGCUGCUCUGGAAGCAGCCGAGAUCGUAUGGUGUCUGCGGACCCCGCUCGAAUUCGGAAGUGAGCCGGGAGUAGCAGGCAACUGGCUGGGCUGCGACAUCGUUGUAUGUAAAGGUGAGGACGAGCCGCUGAAUAUUCGCCUGACACUCGAUUUUCACCUCGCCGCCGUUGUCGUCACAGUCGGAGAAAGGUUAACGCCCUGGAGACGACUGUCAGCCAGGAACACAAGUCCAAACAGAGUCGAUUACAGUUUAUGACGAACGCUCACGACGAAAAUUUGAACAAAGCUAGAAAGAAUAAGCUUUCUGGGCACGCUAGAGCCAGCUUAUAACCUCCUCAACCCCAUCGAUCUUCGUGCCGACUGCUUCUAGUCCUUGGGAUUGCUCCCUGAGUCCCUGCCCGUCGACGUCACGGCUUCCCUGUGUCGACUUCUUCACACUCAUCGCUCCUUCUGCUGUCUGCGAGCUCAUUUCGGCCGUCAAACAUCGGUGCAUACCGAGAGGAACUAGAUGUUUCUCAUUCGACAUCUAAUGGCUUGUCUCGAGGCGACAGGGCCACUAGCUGCGGCGAGUAUUUCGAAAGUGACUGCACAUUGCUAUCACCCGCUAGAAUACCUUGCGCAAUCGUACCCGCGCAAGGACUUCUAGUCCCCCAGAUGCUUCCGUGAUCCUGGACCCGCAAAACGGAAUGGGCUGUCAUCUAUAGUGAUGCACAGUGUCUCAUGAUCGUUGCUUGAUACUUGUCGAGACAUCGGGCUGAAUUACGACUUGGCCUGUUAACGAAAGCCAUAGUACAGCUGCGCAAAGAUCUGAUCCUCCAAGGACGUGGAUGUGGUUUCCGAUGGCCAGAGCCUGGACCCCCAAUGAACACAUGGGGGAUUGGAUCCUUUCGAGCCACCGAUAUAUAGACACGUAGACGCGCUUCGACAUGAAGUCCUUGAAACAUAAUUACAUGGACAAGCAAAUAAUACAUCUGGAUUGUGGUUGCCAAAUGCUUAGUUGGACCUUUCAUGGUGUCCACUCGGCAGAAGCAUCGCUGACUUGCCGCUAACCGAGGUCAUCCAUCUCUCCUUCCCCACAUGUCUGGCGCUGAACGGACAUCUGGCUCUCGUGCCACUCGUCAAGCGGCAAGACAAGCCUCCACAAAAUUCGAGUCCCAACUGAACUCGUCGCCCACGCGCUCGGAUCCCCCGCCCUCGCCAGCGAAACCGGUCAGACGAGCACCCAGCCGUCCGAACUUGAAGCAGAAGUCCGUCAAGUCCGCAAGCGGCAUCCCUGCCAGCGCUAGCGCCACUCAGCGUCCGCGCUCGGCAUCGGGGAGAAAACGACCGGUGUCUCUCGAUUCGCGCGCGUCGGAUGGGAGGGACUCCAGCCUCACAUCGCUUUCCAAUCCCCCCUCGCCCAUAAACGCAGCGCGCACCCUCCGGAACAGUGCUUUCCGCUCCAUCUCCCCGGGCGGAGAUCCCCAGUUUGGCUGGAUAUUGGUCAACCACGACGGAGACGUGUUCGCUCCGAGGGAUGAGAGUGGGAUGUGGUGGCCGUGUCGCGAGCUGAACAGGACGCCUUUCCGUGUCCUGCUGUUCGAGCGCAUCGGCGAGCGCGCGGAGGACCGUGUAAUCGAGCUGCCCGCCCCGCCCUCGGAGGACUACUACGUUGAAUUCGACUCUGACCGCGCGAUCCGUUUCUGCGAACCGAAAGACGCGGCGUAUCCGAAACCGUCAUCGGAUGAGUCCCCAAAAAAACGACAGAAGAUGAACCUGGAGGCGCAAUGGCAACUUGCAGUAUCUAGGGCCGUGCACGAAGUCCAGUCCAAUCACUUUCCGAGUGUGCAAUUCAUGCAGAGUACCCGGGAUAUUCCCGGAUACCAGUCGGGAUCGCAAGACAGGGCUUCAAUUUCUCAGAGGGAAAAGCCAACAACCACUCGACCCCAGUCGAUUCGUUCGGAGAAAGCUGCUUAUGUCCCGCCUCCACCUGACGAAACACUGGAUAUACCAGGGGAGCUCGUCUACGCCCGCGAAACAGCAGCGAGCAACAAAUACUGGCCGGCUCAGAUACUCAAAUACGAACCCCCCUCGAAACCGUCAGCACCACCACGAUACCACGUCCAGUGGGUGGACGCAUCACGUUCCUCGAUCACCCGGGAUCUCUUCUACACUUUCGACGAGCCCGGCUUUGGGACAUGCUUUUUGGGCACUUUCGCCAGUGAGGUCACGGACGCCGUCAAUGACGCGGACGCCGAGGACGAAGGGGAGGAGGAUUCUUGGACACGUGAAAGCAGUCCCCAGCCUCUUGAUCCCCCGCCCGACGGACCGACGUUCUCGGCUCUGGACCUGCGGCAGCAAUUCGUGCAUACGAAACCUGUUCUGCAGGCUAUCCUCAGGGAUGAAUAUGCCCCCGCGCGCGAGGCUCAUCUGCACUUCUUAGCGGGGGGCAACACGAGACUGGCUCUGGCCAAGAAAGCGUCGAUCCGUGGACUUUUGGAUCCGAGACAGGUCGAGAAGCUAGGGAAACUGAUAGUGGAAUGGUGCGUGCGGCCGGAGCGAAACAGUCGACAUGUGGAUCAGCAGGUCAGAGAAGAGCGUGACUCUGAGUCUGCAAGCGUCCCGCACAGUGCACCCUCACCUACACCGACAGAGGACGUGGGGCAACCAUCCUCGCCUGUAUUGGACCCGCCCACUUCGUCCUUUACGAUCGCGGGCGACGAGGAUGAGGCCAUGCCGGAACGGCCGAUGGCACAGACUGGCUGCGAGGGUUUCGAGAGCCUCACCGAGGUGGACAAGCUUUCCUACUGUCUGGACGUUCUGCUGCCUCAAGCUCUCGUGCAAAUCAUCCUCUGGCGCAACGGCAGGCGGCAGUCACUGGCUCUGCUCAGCGCGCAGGAGGAGCAGCAGUUGUACAACGAGGGCAGGGAGGAACUGGACACCUCCGACUGGGUACUGACUGUCAAGCAUCUGCGCCAAGUGAAGGAGAAAAAACUGCUGAAAGAUUCCGAGAAGAAAUCGAAAGGACAGGUCGUGAAGACAGGCAAGGUUCUACGGCAGAGGAGAUGAUCUAGAGCUUUUUGGCAUAGCGCAUACAUAUAUCAACGCAUCCAUUUAUUAGGAUUUGCCCAUAAGGCAAUCGGACCUUGCCGACUAUGGUGGAAAGUGACGAAGAAUGGUGCCCCCGUGUUCUGUCCUGCAUGGAAUUACAAUUGCGCCCGCAACCUCUGCUGGAGCUUUGCGGCACAGGCAGAGCCAAAUUUUGGUCGCGAACACGACCAAUCAUUGGCCGUGUUGCCACCCAGCAUCAGAAUGUUCAGUCGGAAAACAGCGGCGAGAAGAUGGACGCGGCGUGACAUGCAGCCACGUGGUUGUUACAGAUCAUUACAGACGAUAGUCUAUGUAACUGUUGCCGUUGAACGUUGAUCAGCCGCUCUCAUGUCGAUCGGCGACCUUCCACCCGAAUUGCUCGAAGUGAUUUUCACCCACUGUGUUUCUGGUCCCGUUUUAUAUCCGAAAACGCGCUGCGACGUUCCGUUGAAUGUCUCACAGACGUGCAAACAGUGGAGAGAGGUGUCCCUCAACAUAUCUCUGCUCUGGUCGACAUUCGAGGUCGUGGUAGACUAUCCGUCGUCCUCUCCUCCCGAAACAGUGAUCAACCGGUUCCUGGAUCUCUCUAAAGCGCAUCCCUUGACACUAUCUGUGGUGACGGGUCGGCCAGAAUCGAAGACCACGAGAGCGGAGCAGGGCAGAGUCGGGUCUGUCAUGGAGCUCCUCCUACGCCAUCUGCAUCGCUGGAGAGCCGUGUCGCUGGAUCUGCAGAGCCGUGCAUCGCCAGCGUGCGUCCACGCUGCGUUGACAUCGCAAGGAGCGCCGCUGCUCGAACGCCUCGAGCUCAGCCCCUCGUCCUGGUCGCCUCCAUCACCGGCUGUGGGAUUCACGAUCCCCUGGCUGGCGCACGUCAUAUCCGGAGACCGUUCGCCCAACCUGCGGUCGCUGACCAUGCACCGGGGACAGCUGCCCCCGCAGUACUUGUCUCACGUGCCGUGGGGACAGCUCACGUAUCUGCGGCUCGAAGCGCAGCUGUCCGAGCUCGCGUGUCUGUCUGUGCUGCAGUCCAGCCCGGCAUUGGAGGAGUGCCACCUGCUCGAUGUGCGGCAUCAGCUGCAGAGCGUCCUGCCGGGCUUCGACCCGCUGCUGCCGGUGCUCAUGCCGCGCCUUGCGGCGCUGAAGCUCGCGUCGCAGCACGGCGUGGAGCGGCUCAUCCGGCUGCUCGUCGCGCCGGCGCUGCAGUCGCUGGAGCUCGGGACGCGCUCGAUCACGAUGCGGUGGGACCACGCGCAGUUCAUGCGCUUCCUCGCGCGCUCGGGGUGCGCGCUCAGAACGCUCUCGCUCCGGGACCUGUUCGUCUCGCGCCUGGCGCACGCGGAGAUCGCCGCGGUGCUGCUCCGGCUGUCGCCCUCGCUCACCGCGCUGUCCAUCGCGUCGGACAUCCCCGGGACGCCGGUGCCCAUCGACAACUCGUUCCUGCGCGCGCUGGCGUAUCCGCCCGCGGGAGGCGGCGACCCCGUCCUGUUGUGUCCCUGGCUGGAACGCCUCGAGUUGCAGCUGGGCCCGUUUGUGACGCACGGCGAGCUCGAGCACAUGAUCAGCUCGCGUCUCGCGGGCCAUCGGAUCGCACCGGAUGUCAUUGGAGAGCUGAGAGCGGUCGAGAUCGUGACUGUGACCGAGCGGCAGAUGAAGGAGGUGGAGAGGAUCCGAGAUUCGACUUUAUUUACGGGGCUCUGGGUCGUCCGGCAGAUCAACGUGACCGCUCUUGGUGGUAUGAUUCCACGUAAUGCAUAACUUCCGUCACCUCCGCUGUCCCAUGCGAUCCUCCCAGAUCCCUUGUCUUUACCCCAGCCCCGGUGACGUUUUCGAUGGCUUGCAUCAGACAAUCGGCUGCCGCCACCAUAUUCCCGACACCGGGCCCCUCGACUAUCCCGACGCUGUUGCUCGAUCCAUCGGAGCCGGCCAGCCACCGGACCAUCUCCGCCGCGCUCCAAAACGCGCCGACGGGAUUCGCGAUGCCCUGCCCGGCGAUGUCGGGUGCACUGCCGUGGAUCGGCUCGAACAUGCUGGGGAAGCGGCGCGUGGGAUCGAGGUUGCUGCUCGGGGCGAUGCCGAUGCUGCCGGCGAGGGCGGCGGCGAGGUCGCUCAGGAUGUCGGCGUGCAGGUUCGUCGCGACGAUCGUGUCGAGGCUCUGGGGCCGGUUGACCAUCCGCACUGCCCGGGCUGAGUCAGCACACAACAGAAACCAACCAACCCCAGCGGGGCGCAUGCGCACCUGUCAUAGCGUCGACGAGCAUCUUAUCGUACUCGACCCGCCCCUCAUAUUCCUUGGCGACCUGGUGGAACACAGAGUCCCAGAGCACCAUCCCAUGGCGCUGCGCAUUGCUCUUCGUGACCAUCGUCAGCUUCCUCCGCGGGCGGCUCAGCGCCGUCUCGAACGCGAAGCGCAUGAUGCGCUCGAUGCCGACGCGCGUGAAGAUGCUCACUUCCGUCGCGACGGUGUGGGCGGCGUGCGCGCUCGACGGCGUCGUCCCGCCGUGCCCCGCGUACUCGCCCUCGCUGUUCUCGCGCACGAUCACCCAGUCGAGCAGGCCCGGGUCCGCGGCGCACGCGGCGAGCGGGGAGGCCGUGCCGCGCAGGAUGCGCGUCGGGCGCACGUUCGCGUACUGGUCGAGCGUCGUGCGGAUCGGGAGGAUCAUCUGCCACAGCGAUAUGUGGUCCGGCACGUCUGUGUGGGUGUGGUUCGUCGUGAUCAUGAGCGGAUGGCGUGAUAAAGGCGCGAGGCACCGCACCUGGCCACCCGACCGCGCCGAAAUAGAUCGCGUCGUACUUCUUCAGCCCCUCGACGCCGCCCUCCGGCGCGUAGUACCCGCGCGCCUUGUAGUUGCUCGAGCUCCAGUCGAGCGUGUCGAACGUGAACGCGAAGGUGCCGUACGUCGCGGCGAGCGUCGUGAGCACUUGCACGGCCGCAUCGGUGAUGUCGACCCCGAUUCCGUCGCCGGGGAUGCACACGAUGCGGAACGUCCGAGUCGCAGGAGGGCUCAUCUUUACUGUGCGUGUGCGCGGGAGAGCGAGCGAAGACAGGGGCCUUUGUAUCGAUUGGAGCGUGAGGAAUCGAGCGGACUUGACGCGGCUGUAGAGAAGCCCUGCCUAACACUCGGCCGUCGGACCCGAGACCCUCAAAGGCACAUGAGAGCGUUGGUUCGCCCUUGGGCCAUGAAGCCUGAGGUCACGAGAACAAAAGUGGGGUUAUGUAGAGGGCAACUUGCUGCCGGUGCAGCGGUCAUUAUCUUGAUUUGGAUAUCACCAGCAUGAUUAUGUGCCGUCGAAUGCCUCACAAGGCGCGAUUCGAUAGAAAGAACACUUUCAACAUGGCUUCCAGGCGGGGCGGUCUUCAACAAAGGAUGCACGUGAUCUGAGGCCGGUUUAAUUUGAAGACACCGAUUUGGCAAUGUAAAUUUAAAACACUGCACACAUAUUUCUAUCGGAAGACUUCUCAGAAUCAGCACUCGAUGUCCAACUGAGAUGAAAAUGAAGGACUGACACUUGAAUUUUCUUGCUCUACGCGCGGCGGCCUGAUCAGAAACGCCCGAGUCCGUCAGGCAUGAGACGGGUGCUCGCUCCUAUUGACAACUUGUUCUCCCAGUUAGGGUACUUGGCUGCCGUCAUUCUAACCCGUGGAAGAAGCAAUUCUGACACGUAUUUCAAGACGAGAGGCUCAUGUGACGGAAAGAUGCUGUACAGUAUCGAUGAACUACGCGGUGGGCACUCCGGCCCUAUCGAGCCAAUUGGACGCCGGAGUAUAAAUAAGAGAUCCCGUGUUAUUUUCGAGGGGGGCUGCCGUCGGAUCAUGAAGAUGCUGCAGUAUUCGAGAAGAGCAGUGCGAGUAAGUGCGCGCACCUGAUUGGGCUGCGCAGUCGGUCAAAGCAGGGUAGAUGGGAGAGGGAGGCAGUCCGGUCUGAAGACUGAUUUAGACACAUC